UUAAACAAUUUCUAGUUAUAUUUUAUAAAUUAGUAGAAACAAACAAUUCAUUUUGAACAAUAGUAGUAGCCACAUGUUUUUAGGGUCCCUCGCCAUUCCACUCGGCCAUGGGACAACACGAGAAAGAUGUCACUAUAAUACCUGUGCCUAAUUUUGAAGGAGAGUGGAACCAAGAAACACGAAGAGCUACUAACUAUUCAAUGGUUUUCGCCCAAGCUCAACAAAACAAAAAGCACAAAAAAAUGAGCAUGUCUAAAACCAAACGUAGAAGUCUUGAAAAUGAAGAGGAGUUUGCUAUUGCCAAACAUGGUCAAGCUCCUUUUCAUCAUGCUUAUGCCCAAGAAGAUCUUAUGAGAAAAAAAAGGAUCAUCACCUACAUAAAUUGUUGUAUUAGGCCUACAAUAGCCAUUCCAUGAUGUUCAAAUCAACAACACUAUGCUAAAGCAUUAGGAAUCCAAACUUGUACAAACAUACAUAGAUGAGAUGAGUUAAAAUAUAUUUUAAAACUCUCACAAUCUUAGUAUGUGUUAAGUAUUGUAAAUUAUUUUAUUUAAGUCAUUUUCCUUUUUUUUUUCUGCGAGUUUUAGAGAAUAAACAAUGUACACCACAUGAAUGAGAAAUGUACAUUAUCUAUUGAAAUAAACAUGUCCUUA